AUGGAAGAAAUAUAUGAAAAUCCACACGAGCGACUGAAGCAGAAGUUGAGUGAGCUUGAGCAAGAAUGGACCGCCAUGAAAACAGGCAAAAGCUCGUCUGCAGUGUCAUGGAUCACCGUGGAAGGAGCUCUGGACUUUGUAGAAAACUCUCCAAGAAAGCUGAUGCUCUCUCUCCAACACGAUCAGCCUAGUCCAGAGGCAGAGAUGAUACAACUAAGAUCACCUUUUAGGAGAAAACUCUUUCACGACUCUGAUUCUGACGGAGAAGAUUUUGAUGGGAGUAAAGAGACAUCGUUUGCUCAGUUUACUCCUUCGUCUUGUUUGUCUUCGAAUGUGAUGAGAGUGAGAGAGAAUAAGAAGAAGAAGCAAAGAGGAAGACUUGUUUGUGUUGUAAUGGUGGUGCUUUUGUUAUUAGUUUUGGUUGUGUUGAUAAAUGGCUUUGAUCAUCUCUUCAUGGAUAGACAUAUCGAUACUUUGGUUCCUACUUGA